AAAAAAAAAAAUCGUAAAAUCUCACUCCAACCUUCUGUGCACGAAACCUAAAAGCCUAUUUAUCUCUCUCUCUCUGCAACUUAAUCGCUUCGUCGAUCUCGAUUCUCAAGCUCAAGCUCAAGGAGUUUUUUAAAGAGUCUGAUGUGAGUAUCUUUCGCUUUUCGCGGAUUUGCUUAAGGAGCUAUGGGGGAUAGUCAGUACUCAUUUUCACUCACCACUUUCAGCCCAUCUGGGAAGCUGGUUCAGAUAGAGCAUGCCCUUACUGCUGUUGGAUCAGGCCAAACAUCUUUGGGGAUUAAAGCUUCCAAUGGAGUUGUCAUUGCAACCGAAAAGAAACUGCCUUCUAUUCUGGUUGAUGAAGCAUCUGUUCAAAAAAUUCAGCACUUGACUCCUAAUAUUGGAGUUGUCUACAGUGGCAUGGGUCCUGAUUUUCGAGUUCUUGUUAGGAAGAGUAGGAAACAGGCUGAGCAAUAUCUCCGUCUUUACAAAGAACCCAUCCCUGUUACCCAACUUGUAAGGGAAACCGCUACUGUUAUGCAAGAGUUUACUCAAUCGGGUGGUGUUAGACCUUUCGGAGUUUCCCUGCUUGUGGCUGGAUAUGAUGACAAGGGUCCACAACUGUAUCAGGUGGAUCCAUCUGGCUCUUAUUUCUCUUGGAAAGCUUCAGCCAUGGGAAAGAACGUUUCUAACGCAAAAACAUUCCUUGAGAAAAGGUACACAGAAGACAUGGAACUUGAUGAUGCCAUUCACACAGCUAUAUUGACAUUGAAAGAAGGCUUUGAGGGAGAGAUCUCAAGCAAAAAUAUUGAAAUUGGCAAAAUCGGUGCUGACAAAGUUUUCAGGGUACUAACACCAGCGGAGAUCGAUGAUUACCUUGCUGAAGUUGAAUAACUUCGAGCAUAGUCUAGCAAUGAACAUGCGUUUAAGACCUGAUUUUCGUGGCAUUUGCUGAGUCUUAAGGAGUUGUCUUUUUUCUGUAAAACUUUGGAUCUUUAAAUAGUAUGUUGCUGAACUCAAGCUGAGUGUCUUUCUUAUGAUUCAAUAACUAAUGAAAUCCGUGUUUUCUUCUCACUCA